AUGACAACAUCGACAGAAUGUACAAGUUCAUCUGAGCCUAGAAGAAGAGCUCUAAAAGUGGCAGUGGCAGCACUUUGUUCUGAAAAUGGUUUUACAUCAGCAGACGACACAGCUCUGGAAACGUUAACAGAAAUGAUUCAAAGUUUUAUGAGUGAAAUAGGAAGAGGUGUGAGAGGGUACUGUGAGUUAGCUGGGAGAACAGAAGCUAUGGUCAGUGACGUGGCGAUAACACUUAUAAAUAUGGGUUUCAAUAUUGGUGGAAUUGAACAGCAUAUCAAACGUUCAAAUAAAUCUGUAUUCAUACCACCAACACAGGUGACAGCAGCACCUAUCCAUAAGACACUUCAAGCUGGUGAAAAGAAAACUCACCCAACCCAUAUUCCAGAACAUCUUCCACAGUUUCCUGAUCCUCAUACAUAUAUAAGAACUAUGACACACCAACAGCCUAUGAAUGAAUAUCAGUUAAUGAGAGAGAAGGCUGCUAGUCAGAAACGUGAUGUAGAAAGAGCUCUGACCAGAUUCAUUGCUAAAACUGGUAAUACUCAACAUCUAUUUAAAGAUGACACAACCUCAUUUCCUUUGAUAGCUAUUAGUCCAUCACCUCGACCUUACUUGAAUGCAUUAUUACCCAAAGAUCAGGAUUUAGAUGCCCAGGAACCAGACCAAGUUUAUUCCAGUGUGUCUAAAAGACGUUUAGAAAGUCAAACUGAUUCAGGAAUUCAAUCUUCUGCAUCACAAGAAACUGUUGAUUCAGACUCCAUUGACAAUCCUUAUCUGAGACCUGUUAAAUUACCAAAAAAGCGGAAAAGAUAACAGAAAGCAUAUCAUGUCAUAAAUGUAUUGGUUAAAUUUCCAUUGUGAGUGAAAGCAUAAGAUGGUGAAGAGAGAAUGUGAAUAUGAGUGAAAUUUUGUCUUUUUAUGCAGAGGCAAAGUUGAAAUUAUUUUAUUUUUCUGCACCGAGCUUGUCACUUGCAUGUUGGCAUUAUUAGUGCAGCAGUGUGCAAUGAUUGAAUUCAGACAGUGGAUGAAAGGAUCUAUGUCCAAACUAGACGUCUGCCUUCUAGUUCAUUUGUGUCCCCACAUGAAUUUGUCAACAUUUCUUGUGAGCACUAUAGAGACUACAGUUUUCAACUGAUUUUGAUAACACUUGGCGUGGUCAUUGGAAUUGAUAAGAUCUCGGACAAGUUUUAACUUGACAUCUUUUCGAUGAACGGUUUUUGAGUUAUUGCCCUUGACUUUGUUAAAACGCGUCGAAAUUUGUUAAAAAUAGUUCGUGAGCAGGAUAGAAGAAGAUUGGCGGAAAACUACUCACUGCACGUCCAUAUUUUUGAUUGGCCUAAAACAAGAUAUGCCCGAUUAUAACAUCAAACGAUACAGAGUAAACCGUCCGAUUUUGUACCGUUGAAGCAAUUCCUCGAUUCUGACCACUGUAAUAUACUAUGCUAUAUUUCUUACAAAGUUCAAAACUGAUUAACGGUGAUGAAAAAUUGAUGAAAAGCAUUUGUUGCCAGUGGUUGGCGGAUGUUUAUAGAGUGAACGGUACAAUAUUAUGGAUCUAAAGGGUGAUAUAGUCGGAUGAACAAACUUAUUGGAAAAGCUAACAUUUGAGAUGAUUAAUUUCUUGAAACUCUAUACUAUCACACCUCCAUUGCUUAGAAAAUCUCUUUAUAAUCCCUGUAAAGCUAUUACAUAUAUGAUAAGCUAGUAUAUUCCUGUUUCUGAGACUGAGGUAGGCCUACGAUUGGUCAAACGACAGAUUUUUUUAAGAAAAUUGGAAUAUUUGCCUCACAAUAGUAAGUACUAAUAGUCUUAAAAUGUAUUUGCAUUGAUAAAAAUAUGCUCUUUUGUAAGUUUACAUUGAAAACAAACAAAAGAUCGUAACUGGUGGAAAUUAAUGUUUUAUCUAAGACAGGCAGUACUGUAAAAGAUAUUCCCCCUAUCUAAUGGCAACGUAUUUUACUCUGAUGUAAGUAAAAUUCAGAAAUAAGUAACUCCAUAAUAAGUCCAUUUAUUGUAAAAUCACUCGAAGUGAGUAUUUAUCAAUCAUAUUAUCACCUCACAGCAGUCCAAAAUUUGCAGCCAUAUUCAAAAAAUGAUGUACUCUUGGUACAACGCCAGUACCAUUAAGUUUGGAUACUGGUCCGCAAAGAU